AUGACCAGGAAGCAGGAGGGGCAUAAGCGGGUCAGGCCGGAGCCGACUCGAAGAGAACCACCUACCACGCCGAGAAGCAAGUUGGACCAGCAUGACCCGUCGGCGUUAAGGUUUGACAUUGAGGAGUGCCGCGAGCUGAAGCGGCAGAUCGAGGGGCUCGUCCACAGAGAGCACCUCGGUCGGUACCUCCGACAAAGUAAGGAGCUGUCGCCCCGCCCGGAGGGUCCCGUUGAGCGCCAGAUCAACGUGAUCAUGGGCGGCCCAGCAUCCGGAGGGAAUAGUAUGUCCGGAAGAAAGGCAUACGCCCGCUCCGCCGAGGCCGAUGCCCCCAGAUACGGCCCCGAGCCCAAAGUCACGUUCCCUCACAAUGGUGCUGAGCGGUCGGAGCACGAUGAUACUCUGGUCAUAACAGCCAGGAUCGCCAACGCCCAGGUUAGGAGGAUCAUGAUCGACACGGGGAGCUCAGCCGACGUGCUCUAUUUUGAUGCCUUUCAUAAGCUCGGGUUAGUUAGAGAAGCCUUGGAGCCGAUGUGCUCGGCGCUCACCGGCUUCACCGGCGACUCGAUCUCGCCGUUGGGGGCGAUCACCUUGCCCCUAACCCUCGGAUCCCCACCGAGGUCGAAGAUAGUCAUAACGACCUUCCUGGUGGUAGACCUCCCUACUGCUUACAAUGCGAUCCUUGGCCGCCCGACCCUCAACAAAAUCAGAGUCGUUGUCUCCACUUACCACCGGAUGGUAAAGUUCCCGACCUGCGCUGGGGUCGGGGAAGUCCCCGCGACUCCAGGCGGUGCUACUUGA